UUCGCAAAAAGUUUUACAGAAAAAGGAGGAAAAAGUCGUAAUGCUAAAAUGGCUUUCCGGAGGAGAAACAAGAGUUACCCAUUCUUCAGCCAAGAAUUUCUGAUUCAGAAUCAUGCAGACAUAGUCUUUUGCUUGGUCGUUUUUAUUUUAAUUGGAUUGAUGUUUGAGGCAACAGCAAAAACUGCCUUCCUGUUCAUUCUCCCUCAGUACAAUACCACCACACUAUCGCCAGAGGGGGAGGUGUCUCUCUAUCACUACGGUUGGAAGGACUGCGUCACUAUACUCUUCUACUUCCUCAUCACCAUCAUCCUCCAUGCUGUAGUCCAGGAGUAUGUGCUAGAUAAAGUGAACAGGAGGCUCCACCUCUCAAAGAGCAAGAACACCAAGCUGAGUGAGUGCGGCCAGCUGUGUGUAUUCCACCUGGCCUCCUCUGUGUGGAGUCUCUACCUCCUCAUUACGGAAGGAUAUUUGCUAAACAUGAGCAGCCUGUGGGAGAACUACCCUCACGCUCAGCUCAGGUUCCAGGUGAAGUUCUUCUACCUCUUCCAGCUGGCCUACUGGCUGCAUGCCCUGCCUGAACUCUACUUCCAGAAAGUGAGGAAGGAGGAAAUUCCCCGCCAGCUUAAGUAUAUCUCUCUCUACCUGUUGCACAUCACAGUCGCCUACUUGCUGAACUUGACUCGGGUGGGACUGGUACUGCUCUUCCUGCAGUACAUUUCGGAGCUGGGUUUCCACGUCUCCCGUCUCGUCUACUUCACUAAUGAAAGCCACCACAAACUAUUUGACGUGUGGGCCGUGGUCUUUGUUCUGACCCGCAUGGCAACCCUCACUCUGACCGUUCUGGCUGUGGGCUUCGGGCUGGCCCGGGCGGAGAACCAGGGCCUGGACUGGGAGGCAGGAAACUUCAACACCUUAUUACUCAGGCUGGCGGUGCUGCUGAUGGUGUGCCUGACGCAGGCCUGGCUGCUGUGGAAGUUCAUCUGCUUCCAGCUGCGGCGCUGGCGUGAGUUCAGACGGGAGCAGGCAGCCCGGAAGAGGGCGGCCGUCAAGCAGCCCGUCCGGACACUGAAGAGGGACAGCGGCCACCAUGAGAACGGUGUGAUCAAGGCUGAGAAUGGGGCAUCCCCACGAAUUAAGAAGGCCAAGGCCCUCUAACCCCGCCUCUUGGGCUGACCUGGCUGCGGCAUGUGAAACGGAAAAGGAAGCUGGUUAUUGGUCGUCUCACUCCUGCUUGAAUGCCUAAUGGCGGAGCAGGCGCCAAGCCCUGGAGUACAGGGGUGCCUCGCUUCGAGUGGCAUCCGAACUCCCUGAACUCUGACAGAUACGUCGUUCUCUCAUCAGUAUUCCGAUUUUUUUUUUUGGAUCGUUUUCUAUGCUGGCUGGCACUGGCUGCCCUAUAGACUCAACCCCCCCCCUUCCCCCCAGUUAGGUUUCAUUCUGUUGUCUUUCCACUUCAAAGUGAGGGCCUUUUCCUCAUCAUACACUGCACCUGUGAGCACUUUUUCCCCCUUGAACCCCUACACUAUAUUUGUGAUGGCAUGUAAAGCUGUGUUUC